AUGAACCGCCUCAAGGAUGAGUGGCGAGAGAAUAAAGAAGUUAUCGUCAACGGCAUACCAAAGAGGCUGCAGUUCAAGCAGUGGUUGGAGCACACAGGGAAGCAAUAUGACUAUUUAUCUAUGGAUACACAGCGUUCACAAAUGACUCAAGCACUGAAAGAAGAGACUGACGGCUAUAUGAUAGAUACACAACUCCCUGAUGAUGUGCGUGAAGCUAUCCGCAAGGCACAGUAUGCCGCGAAGCCCCUCAGCGCCGUUGAUCUCACCGGCCUCCCUCACAGUGAUGAUACGGUCACUUUCAACCUCACACAAGCACACGAGCACGAGGAAAUGGAUGAAGAAGACGAGAUUCUUCCUGUAAUUGAAGUCGCCGGCGGCAGCGAAGUCGAGAUGCCCUCAUCGCCGCCCUGUGCACCUGACUCUGAGUCAUCACUACCUACACUUCCCUCAACUCCUUGUCCCUAUCAACACCACACGCAGCUUCAUGAUUGGCACCCCCUCCCGGCUAGCCAACGAGUAUUUGAUUUAGAGUCUUUGAAGGAAGAAUGUGAGAAGAGAAAGAGGUGGUCUUUCUUCUUCUCGAGUAUGCCACUCAAAGUACCGGGAGGCGUGGCCAGUCCACCAAAUGGCGUCGCGAUCUUUUAA